AUGUUAGCGUCACCAUAUCGCGUUCGUGGAUUAUCACCCGGGCGGAUCCCUCGUCGCCCCCGUCCGGUUUUCGCGGCCUCGUUGCCGGCGGUGCGGUCGUUCGGUGUCGACGACGAAGAUGAAAUCGUUGCCUCUCUGACCGAGGGAAACGACGCCCUACCCCCUCUCGUCGAGGUCGUAACAAGAGUGGGCGAAGAUCGCCUGAAGGUCGUAAAGCCACCCGGUGCUGAAGACCUGUGGGACUGGUACGAAUCCAAGGGGCAGAUGGAGGCGGAUCCGAGCUGGGGGAAGCUGUGGUUCACGUCGCGCAUCCUUGCAUCUUGCGUUGCUUCUUGCGUCGAGUCUCUGCCUGAGCUGCGUUCUAAGCGUGUUGUGGAGGUCGGAUGUGGGCUCGGGCUCGCGGGACUCUCCGCGGCGAUGUUCGGUGGAAGUAAAAGCGUGAUUUUCUGUGACCGAGAACCGUUAGCUAUUCACUGUGCGCUCUCUUCCGCGGCGUUAAACGAGGUUGAGGUGGUCGCCGUCGACGACGUGAACAACAGCUCGAGCGGGUGUCGAGUCGCGGGGGCUUUGCUUGAUUGGUCAGCACCGCAAACGCUCUCCCAGCCGGUGGACGUAGUUCUAGGAGCGGAUUGUCUGUAUGAUCCCGCUACCGCAGCUUUAUUAGCGAGCGCAUGUCAUGCGUUGGUUGCCGGAGACGGUCAUGUUGUCGGCAAGCGUUCCUUGAAGCCGCGUUGCAGAGCGGAGCAACGCGAGCGGAAGUGA